AUGUCUCACCUAGCAAACGCCCUCCGCCAGAUAACGAAGAAAUCUUCAAAUCCAAACGCCCUCAUCUACCAACUGCAGCUUGAGCGCUCGAAACAAAAGUAUCUCGUGCAGGAACAGCUGGGCAACGGGAUGGAGGGCGCAGUUGCACUUGGGGCUCCCGAAAGCGAAAACGGGGAGAAAUCUCCAGGGGCGGAGACAGCUGCACCUGAUAGAGAGCAACAUAGUGGUCCCGAAGCAGCAGAAGGGAGUAAUGAGGGUGUCAAGUGCAGAGAAGCAGAUGGAGAGCCGGCGCGAGCUCAUAGGGGUGACGCUCAUGCACAAGGGGCAAAGUGA